AGACUUAAUUUGUGAAACAAAAGCAAGCAUAAAUGACUACGAAGAAACAGAUGCACAGAGAAUUAAAAACAAGCUUAGACGCUCUAGGCUAUGCAGACUCUCAAACUCUCUUAUAGGAUCCCAAUUCUAUUCUGUUAUCAUUUGCCCUCAGACGCAACAAGCAGGGCAAAAAAUGUAUAAACUGAUCGAUGGAGUUCCCUCACUUACUCAAACCAUGAAGAAAACAUCUUAUGUUAUGCAAUAUGACAAUCGAACCAGGAAUGCCGCAUGGGUGUUUGAAAUACUGAACGAGAAAACUUUAGACAAAAAAAAAAAAGAGGCUGAAGAAGUGGCUGAACGCUCUACAAAGUUUUUUCAGGACAGAAUGAUUCAUGAAUAUUAUAGAGCAUCUAAAGAAGUGUACAGGGGAAAUUACGAAAGAGGUCAUCUGGCUGCUGCCGCCAACCACAAAUGGAGCCAGAAAGCGACUGAUGAUACAUUCCUUCUCAGCAACAUAGCACCUCAGAAAGCGGACUUAAACAAAAACGACUGGAAAAAGUUGGAAAAAAAGUGUCGAAACUACACAAAGACCUGUCGUAAUGUUUACGUGUACAGUGGUCCACUUUACUGCCCUACAGAACGCAACGUGUCUAAAAUUACAUAUCGGAUCGUAGGAGAUAAAGCUGUGCCAAGUCAUUUCUUCAAGGUGAUAAUUCUAGAAAAAAAUGAUGGAACACUGGAUGUAGAAUGCUAUACAGUGGCCAAUGCCGAUAACCAACCAUAUAAGACACGUAAACUUUAUGAAAUUGAGAGAAUGUCUGGACUGGUGUUUAGUGAAAAGAGUCCGUCCGUGAGCAAUGAAGAAGAAAGAGUGACGGUGCGGUGGAAAGCAGAAGAAAAAACAAGUGAAAUGAACUCUGUAGAUACAACAUUUACAAUAACCCGUAGUCAGGAUUCAAAGGAACAGGUCUUCUAGGGUCUGGGGAGAGCACGUGUGAUGAAGAAACACCAGUGUUUAGAUUCAUUCGAUGUCUGCAUAACUCUCUUUAACCAAUUCAGCAGCAAGUAUUUCAAUGAAUCAAAGCACACCAUGUUUUCAAAUGUAUUACACCUUGAUUCUAAUGGGUUGUUUAGUAUAAUUUAUUAUACUUAUUCCUUUAGAUUCUGAUCACUAGAAAUAUUCCACAUGGUCAAUAAUGACAUGCACCAGUCAAAUGUUUCUUAAAGAUACCUCCUAUGAAGUCCAUCACACGGAACAACUGAAAACCUGCCUGUUCUGCCUUCACCUGAAUAUGACCCUGUGAGCAGUCUGACUUUGUUUAAAAAAAAGUAGGUGUGUUGUUCAUUUUUCUGUAAAGCUUUGACUCUGUUCCUACAUGUAAAUACAGCUUUGUGGACUAUAGCUUAUUGUUGACCUCUUAAACAAGAUGUUAAAUGCUCUCUCACUUGUAGGUUGCUUUGGAUAAUAUCAUCUGCAAAAUGAAUACAUGUAAUUUGUGAAAAUGUAUCUAGUCUUUUUCUAACAUAUGAUAUUGAUUAUGCCAUUUAUAUAACUGUUACUGUCAUAAUGUUGUAACCUGAUGAGAUGUUUCACGAGUGGACACAACAGACAGGCCAUCUGUUGAAGAAAACCGAGAAAGGUUGUUUGACUUUGUUUAGCCUGUUUUUCUCUUGAUAUUCACCCGAUAUCUGAUAUUCAUUUAUUCUGCAUGUAUUCAAUUCAAUAUUGUAGUUCUCUAUAAAUCUUUGAGCGAUAUCAGUCUGUUUUAAUUCUGCAUUAAAAUUACUUUCAUUAUGGAAUUAUAGUCAUUCUUUGAUAGAUCGUAGGAUUUUGAAUGAAUUUCUUAAAAGCAACCUAUGUGAGUGUGGCUGUGUAUUUUAUAAUGAUGAUGAAAUUAUGA